GGAAUAAAAGAAAAUUCGUAGCAUCGUAAAAAAUUUGCAACACAAAUUUAAAGCUAUCUAAGAUCGAGCAAAUCUUACGCUUCGUUGCGGUUUAGGUUUGUAUGUCUGAGGGUCAAAUUACGGAGACUACAAAACCACUUCAUUUCAAGAAUAACUGUGGAUUUACGACCAUAAUAACAAUAUCUGGUACAAAUUUUCUCUCAUCAGCUGCCUCGGACGUUUCCUGUUAAUGCUUUGUACAACUUCCAAAAACCCUCGAAUCGCAACUAGGGUUUUUGAUUUCCUUGUGCAAUAUAGACACAAAAUGGUGAACAAAGAUGACAAUGGUGGGGAAGCUUUGGAACUGUUUCUCAAGAUUGGCCUGGAUGAGCGUACUGCCCAAAAUGCAGUCGUUAAUUCAAAAGUCACUUCCAACUUAACAGCCGUCAUUCGUGAGGCAGGUGUAGAAGAUGGGUGUGACAAGUCGGUUGGAAAUCUUCUCUACAUGGUGGCAACAAAAUAUCCAGCAAAUGCCCUUAAACAUCGACCCUUUCUUAGUCACUACAUUGUCUCUUCUAAGAUAAAGAAUACAAAUCAGUUGGAUAAAGCUUUACCAUACCUUUCUAAUAUUGGUCCUGAAAGCUUGAAAGUGGACGACUUCGAAGAAGCGUGUGGUGUAGGUGUUGAGGUUACUGUUGAAGAAAUCAAGAUGGCGGUGGAGGAUGUGAUCAAUGAGAACAAAGAGGCAAUUCUAGCACAACGCUAUCGAAUAAAUGCCGGAAAUUUAUAUGGCCAAGUCCGCAAGCAUCAUCCAUGGGCAGAUGCUAAAGUUGUCAAGGAAAUAGUGGAUGUCAAGCUUUUUGAGCUACUUGGGGAAAAGACAGCUGCAGAUGAGGAAAAGCCAGUCAAGAAGAAAAAAGAAAAGCCUCCAAAAGUGGAGGAGAAAGUUGUUGCUGCAUCAGCUCCUCCCUUGGAGGAUACGAAUCCUUUUUUGAUAUUUCCUGAACCAGGUGAAAAUAAUCAGGUACAUACAGAAAUAUUCUUUAGUGAUGGCUCUAUUUGGAGGCCUCACAACUCAAAAGAGAAGCUUGAAAAGCAUUUAAAAGCAACAGGUAGUAAAGUAUAUACUCGCUUUCCUCCAGAACCAAAUGGAUAUCUUCACAUAGGCCAUGCAAAGGCCUUAUUUGUAAGCUUUGGCUUAGCCCAAGAAAGAAAUGGGUGUUGCUAUUUAAGAUAUGAUGAUACAAAUCCUGAAGCUGAGAAACAGGAAUACAUUGAUCAUAUUCAAGACAUCGUACAUUGGAUGGGAUGGAAGCCUUUCAAGAUAACCUACAGUAGUGACUACUUCCAAGAGUUAUAUGAUCUGGCAGUGGAGUUGAUAAAGCGUGGUCGUGCGUAUGUUGAUCAUCAGACACCUGAAGAGAUAAAAGAGUAUCGAGAAAAAAAGUUAGAUUCUCCAUGGAGAAAUCGGCCAAUUACAGAGUCAUUAAAGUUGUUUGAUGAAAUGAGGCGAGGAAUGAUUGAUGAAGGAAAGGCAACUCUUAGAAUGAAACAAGAUAUGCAAAGUGACAAUUACAAUAUGUAUGAUCUGAUUGCGUAUCGUAUAAAGUUUACACCCCAUCCACACACUGGAGAUAAAUGGUGUAUUUAUCCAAGCUAUGACUAUACACAUUGCAUUGUGGAUUCUCUUGAGAACAUUACACAUUCACUCUGCACACUUGAAUUUGAAUCUCGUCGUGCCUCUUACUAUUGGCUAUUGGAAUCCUUAGAUAUAUACCUUCCAUAUGUGUGGGAGUAUUCCAGACUGAACGUGACUAACACAGUAAUGUCCAAGCGUAAGCUAAAUAGGCUAGUAAGAGAAAAAUGGGUUGAUGGUUGGGAUGACCCACGACUUAUGACACUUGCUGGUUUGCGGCGAAGAGGUGUUUCUUCAGAUGCAAUUAAUACUUUUGUUCGAGGAGUUGGAAUAACAAGAAGUGAUAAUAGUAUGAUAAGGUUAGAUCGUCUUGAGUAUUAUAUCAGAGAAGAAAUGAACAAAACAGCCCCACGAACUAUGGUUGUUCUUAAUCCUCUCAAGGUAGUUCUUACAAAUCUGGAUGCUAGUGCUACAAUGGAAUUGGAUGCAAAGAUUUGGCCUGAUGCUCAAGAGGGAGACUCUUCUUCAUUUUAUAAGGUACCCUUUACAAAAGUUGUGUACAUUGAAAAAUCAGAUUUCCGAAUGAAGGAUUCAAAGGAUUACUAUGGCCUUGCCCCUGGGAAAACAGUUUUGCUGAGAUAUGCAUUUCCAAUCAAAUGUACAGAAGUAAUUUUCGGAGAUGACAAGGAAACUGUCAUUGAACUACAUGCUGAAUAUGAUCCAACAAAGAGUGUAAAACCAAAGGGUGUUCUCCACUGGGUCGCAGAACCAUCUCCUGGAGUGGAUCCCUUUAAAGUAGAGGUCCGGUUGUUUGAUAAGCUAUUUCUAUCAGAGAAUCCAAGUGAACUAGAUGAUUGGCUGCCUGAUUUAAAUUCUAAGUCAAAAGAAGUGAUACCAGAGGCAUAUGCUACUUCCAACUUGGAAAAGGCUAAAUUUGGUGACAAAUUUCAGUUUGAAAGGAUGGGAUAUUUCUCGGUUGAUCAAGAUUCAACUGCAGAUAAGAUCAUUUUCAACCGAACUGUUACUUUACGUGAUUCCUAUGCUAAGGUGGCAAACAAGUAGAAUUAAGCUUUAGAUGACAUUUGAAUCAUCGAAGACCAUUUUCUGGAUACAGUGUACAGAUCAUGAGCUAACGAGGCCUUUUUGUACGGUUUCUAUUGAUUAAAAACUCUGCCCCAAAGACAUUUCAAGCAAUUGUGUCGUGGCAGUAUUUUUUUUGAGUUUUGUAUAAAAUAUCCAACAAAAUUUAAAAUUGAAGUGUUGGACCAUACAUGACUUAAUUGUUGCACAUGGAAAUGGCAGUUCUUGGUGCAGCUUUACAAAAAUGGUUAAUUUAGCUCUAAUUAAGCAACUUAAUUUUUUUAUUAUUUACUUUUCACGAGUAAUAGAUGAACAUUCAGAGAA